AUGACCAGGGCGGCGUGGGUGCUCAGACGAGGCACCGAGCCAUUCGCCGACAAGAUGCUUCUUCGACACCGCGGAACAGCCAUGAAGGAGCUGAGAGAUGUGCUCGUGGCGCCACACCCUCCCAGCCAGGACCUCGUCCUGCUGACUAUGUCGACAUUUCUGACGCUCAAUGUAAGAAUCAACCCGUCCUAUCCCAGCCCAAACCGCUGCCCCUUGCCGGGCCGUCAAAUUCGAUGGACUAAUCCCAUCUCAUCACCGCAGUACAUGAUAAACGACGUAGAGUCUUUCGAAGUUCACCUCCGCGCCCUAGAGAGCAUGCUAGCCACGACUACCGGCGACGGUGACGUCCGGAACUUCGUCCGGGGUAGAGCAUUGGCAUUCGGCGUUAUGGCCUCGUUCCUUCAAGCCCACCAGCCCAGCUACGCCAGUCGGAUCAAUGAGAAGGGCCACCGCAUCAGCACGCUCACGUAUCCGGGCCACCCGUUCUCGCCGGACCUGUGUGCCGUGAUCGCCCGGCUGCCCGAAGGGUUUGCGGAAGUGGCGCUAAGUCGCUGCGUGGCCAUCGAGAUCAUCAGCUUUCUAGCCAGGUUGACGGAGCUGAUAUCCUGGAUCGCGACACGAGAAGGUCCUGGAGACCAGUCGACAACUCCUCCUCCACCACCACCACCACCACCACCACCACCACCGGCAACGGAUGAAAGUCCGGCAUCAGCACCAGGACCAACACAAACUCGCCCCGACAUGACGAUACAGCGCGCAAUCUACGAUCUCCAAUGCCUCUCAGCCCUACCGCUAACGCCGCCAGAGGGGCAAAUGGUCCGCGCCCUCCUCGCCUUCUGUCUACACCUGUACAACCAAAUGUCAUUCCACAUCCCCCUGGCGCGACCACUCCGGCCCAUACUAGAAGCGUUCAACGAGAACACGGAGCUGCCGCGCCCGCCAUGGCUCCAGCGGUGCCUGUACUGGUGUGCCGUGGUGGUGGCCAGCGCGUGGGACACGCAGAUGGACGCGUCGCCCGAACAGCACGUCGUGCUCGACAGGUUGGCGGCCCGGCUGCCCGAGGCGAGGUGCUGGGCCGAUACCGAGGACUUGAUGCGCAAGUUCCUCUGGUUGGACCGGCUGGCGGAUGAGUGGGAGGUGUGCUGGCGGGCUGCGGCGUUUCGGAGCCGGAGGCAAAGAAGGGGAGCUUCUCGGGUUGCGUCCGUUUUCGCGUUGGGUGAUCGAGAGGGCGCAGCGGGAGUCGCAGACGCCUUUGUCGGGUGA